UGGGCGCCUGCGGGCCGCCUUUCGUCGGACCCCGCGUGUGGGCUGAACGAAGCGGUGCAGGCAGCGGAGCCUCCUGGCUUAGGCCGCUAUGUUUAUCUCGCGCUGUUCUGCCUCCAGGCUGGUGUAGGGCAGACUCUGGACCUCAUUUUCAUUGAAUAACCCGUAUCCUGCCGAUCAAGAAACCAGAUUGUUCUUGUUUGUUUGUUUUCCUUCCUUAUUGGAAGAGCACGGUAGUGACUUCAAGCUCUCUUCAAUGUCAGUUUGCUGCUAAUGGGUGUAAGUAAAUUAGAUGUCUUGUACAGAAAGCUUCUCCUCACUAAACUCUUCAUCAGAGGAUGGGGAAAGCCAGAGGAUCUGAAGAGAAUAUUUGAAUUCAGAAAGAUUAUUGGAAACAGGGAAAAAUGCCAGACACUGGUUUCAAGAGAUUACCCAGUCUUUAUUGACAAGGUUGAGGAACAAUCAGACUGCAAAAUCCUUGAGGGGCACUUCAUUUCCCCUUUAGCUCAUUAUGUUCCGGGUAUCCUGCCUGUGGAGUCUCUUGUAGCCAGGUUUCAGUUCAUAACACCCAGAAGAUGGAAUAGCAAGCACAGACCUGUAUGCAUUCAUUUAGCAGGCACUGGGGAUCAUCACUUCUGGAGGAGGCGCACGUUAAUGGCUCGUCCAAUGAUAAAAGAAGCCUGUAUGGCUUCCCUAUUGCUUGAAAAUCCCUAUUAUGGCUGUAGAAAACCUAAGGAUCAAAUACGGUCAUGUUUAAAAAAUGUCUCGGACCUGUUUGUGAUGGGAGGAGCUCUUGUUCUAGAAUCGGCAGCUCUUUUGCACUGGCUAGAGAGAGAAGGCUAUGGACCGCUAGGGAUGACUGGAAUAUCCAUGGGAGGACAUAUGGCUUCCCUGGCAGUGACAAAUUGGCCUAAACCAUUGCCAUUGAUUCCAUGUCUUUCGUGGUCAACAGCUUCUGCAGUCUUCACUACGGGUGUGCUGAGUAAGGCAGUGAACUGGAGAGAGCUUGAGAAACAAUAUUAUACACAAACUGUUUACGAAGAAGAAAUCAUUCAAAUGCUUGAAUACUGUGGAACAGAUUCUUUCAAAAUGGGACAAGAUUUUGUUAAAAACUUUCCUGACAAUGUGGAUCGUCUGGAGGACAUAGAUGUGGCUUCCAGAAUGUUCAGCUUUGAUUCAUCAAAGAAGACUGAGUCUAAAGAAGCUGUCCACAGCUUUACCACAAGUAGAAGUCCUCUAAGUGCCUCAUCAGAAAGACUUCUAAUGCAAGAUGCUCCUAAAAUUCAGUGCAUGAAUCAAACGUUUUCAACCAGCAGCAAUAAAAACUUAACCAUACAACAGGGACACAGGAUAAAUAAUAGAACGAAGAGUGACACUUUACAGAGAGAAUCAUUAAGGUUCAUGAAAGGAGUAAUGGAUGAAUGUACUCAUGUAGCUAACUUCUCAGUUCCAGUUGACCCCAGUUUAAUCAUAGUUGUGCAAGCUAAGGAGGAUGCGUAUAUUCCUCGAACUGGAGUGCGCAGUCUGCAAGAAAUCUGGCCCGGAUGUGAAAUCAGGUAUCUGAAUGGAGGUCAUGUCAGUGCCUACCUCUUCAAACAAGGACUCUUUAGGCAAGCAAUUUAUGAUGCAUUUGACCGCUUUCUUCAGAAAUAUGCUGUUUAACAAUUUUCGUCAUGGAUUCAAACUGAUCUCAUUUUAUUUCCCGUUAUUGGAACUCAUCUUUGGAAAACAAGCCUCUUGCAAUGUUAAGUAGUUGAUGGUCAGUUAAUUUGAAUGUUGUGGAUAACGAAUACAAAAAAUGAUCAAGUCCCAGUAUUACUUUUCUUUCAACCAAGUGCCAUUCUGACACGCUUCAGCUUUACUUGUGAAGAGCAAUGGUAGCAUUUGUUAGUGCAUGAAUGGUUCAUGUAUUUCUUACUUUAUUGUGUUAUGUAUAAAGCCUGAGUAAAUUCUUAUUUGUGUAUAUGUUGAAAACAGACCGAUUUAAAUAUUGAUAGAACAUAAAAUUUGCUGUAGGGCUAAGAUGCUGUCUUAUGUUUAGUGUAUUUACAGUUUGUUCCAGCUACCAUGUUUUCCUCUUGCUUCCCUGACACUUGCUAUUCCUACUGCAUUUUGAAAUGGCUUGGCCAGCACUCUGCCUCUUGUGUUUGUCACUGAUUUUCUCUUAUUAUCAAUUGAAAAUGAACUACAGUGGAUGAGGCAGAAUUAAAUCUUACGAAAAGCUUUCAAAACCUGAAUGAAGGGUGAGGGAGACAUUUUAAUUCAAUGCAUCCAUUAGAUUUUUCUGCUGUUUAUAAUUAAAUGGUGCCAUUCCGGAAGACUCAUGUAGCUAUUCAUUGUUUUUACAGAACUGGAAUAACUCUAAAUGGAGUGUCCAGUAAUUCAUUUUUUACAUACCUUCAAUUGGAUAAUGAAGAUUUUUCUAGUAGAUUUUGUAAAAAAAAAUUGCUAAAGGGAAUAAUAAUGUAAUAACUUUUAUUGAUAAACAGUGGCAGAAAGAGUCUGAUUCUAAGCAGAUAAACCAACAGCAGAUUAUAUGGUGCUAUAAACAUCUCCUUGAAAGCAGGGGUCCUUUUUAAAAAGCAUUCAGUGCUGAUAUGCAAAAACACAUUGUAAUUGUUAAGAACUUAUGUGAGACUAAGGGUUAUCAAAACAGUCACAUGAACUUCUUGUUUUUUGGAAGUUUUUUUAACCGACCUUUAAAAAAGAAAAAGGUAGGGUUAGGAACACAUUUAAGUAAAUCCCAUCUGUUGCUGCUUCUUUUGGGAUCAAAAAUGCCAACAAAUUAAAGUGAAAUUAAAGGUCAUCAUGAAUCAGCCGUGUGUGGUAGCUGUCCAUAUCCUAUAUAGUGGUAAUGUCCUGCAUCGUUCUUUUAAAGCAAGUUUGCAGGGAAGUUGAAAGCCAAAGCGCUUCAAUAUUAAUUUUAGUACUGUAAUGGCUGAUGUUACACAGAAACUAACAGAAAAAUCCAGGUAUUUCUUGAGAUACGUGACUUACAUAUCUUUCAAAUCAUACGCCUUAUUGAUUUCCAUGGUUACCAUAAUGGUUUUUAAUAGUGCAUGAAGCAAUCAAAGCUCUGUUUGUUCCAGUGUAUUAUCUUGAAUUUCAGUCUGGCAGACAGAACUGAUAACUGCUAGUAUUGCUGGUCAGAUAAACUGAGAUAAAACCGAAUGCAGCAAUUUGUGAAAACCAAAGACAGUUAACAUCAAAAUGUACUGAAAAUUCACAAGAAGUGAUAUUCUGUUGGAAGUUAAAUUGUUUCAGGUGUUUUUAUCAUCAUUUCUGUUAGGCAUUGUUGUUUUUUUAUCUGUACUGGAAGCGGGUGUAAAGUGACUAGCAUGUUUCAAAUUCUUAAAAUACUGAAUUUUGGAAGAUUGGGAAUGAAAUAUGUAAGCUCUGAAUUUUAAAAUUAAAUACUUGAAUACUAAA